AUGUCUAUGAAGUUCUUUUCCUGUAAUGAAGGUUUAAGUAAUAUUAAUAAUCAGCAAAAAAAAGAUGAGGCUUACUUCCAGACAUUGUUGAGAACUGUAGAGGAGACUCCUAGACUGUAUUAUUCCUACGAAACAUAUAUUACAUUAAACUUACAGAGAAUAUAUAAGAUGGCUAACGGAUUGAUGAGUAAACCCAAUUUGGAAGCAGGAGUAUCCUCCCCAACAAUUUCAUUAUCGAAGAUGAACUUUCCAUCUACUCUACUUCCAUCCAUUGAUCUUGGUUACAUAGAGGACAAAUACUCAGGCCUCCCAUCACAAGCCCUCUUGAAUAUAUGGGUGUCAACAAAUCCUCAAAGUGUUGAAAGACUACUACCAGUGGGUUAUAAGCAGAAGGAUAACAUUGAUAAAGCUGUGAAAAAGCUUCCAUUCUCAAACCAUUCAAUUCGAGUCAAUCAAAACUACGAGGGUGUAUAUGUCAUUUUACCCGAAGGGAGAAAGAAAGGGACAUUGAUACUCGACUGCUCGACCCCCACGACUCUCUCCCUCUCCCUCUCCCUCUCCGUCCCCUUGCUGUUUCAUCCGCCGGUAGUUGGAAAAUCUCCAAAUCUUUUUCGCCGCCGACUACCUGCGGAUGAUUUCAGAUCUGUGGAUAGAGAGCGGGGAGGGAGUGGAACCGUUAAGAUGAUACCGAGGUCGAGUUCUUUGCAGCAAGAGAAGAUGUAUAGAUCUGUAGAUAGGGAGGCGGUUGAUGGCGGAAGCGUGUCGGGGUUACCGCGGUCAAGUUCUGCGCAUCAUGAGAGAAAAAUUACACGAUCAAAUCUGGUCGACCAGCUCAGAGAGUAUCAAAUUCGAUCGAAACAUGAUUGGGCAUCCGUCUCAUUCUUCUCCUCUACUUCAAAUCUCUCUUCUUCCAGGGUGGACGUAGUGGUGUUUGUAAUAUGGGAACUUGCAAUUCUAGCUUUUUUCGUUUUCUCAGCAGUUGCAUUAUAUUUCAGCCACAUGAGACUUGGAUUUGGUUUAGCAACAAUCACAUUGUUACUUCUAUUAUGUAUGAAGCUAACAAAGCGAAUAAAACUCGCCCAAAAAAAGAAACGAAGGGUGCUUCUUCCUUUAUCAAUGUAAAAAAAAAAACCCUAAUCUUUAUAAAUUCCAACACUUUUUCACCAUUUUCAUACAAUCUUGGACCUUUGUUUUUCCUUUUAUACUUUAUCCUAUUGGUGUAAUUGGAAUUGAAGCAAACAAUAACAAAUUACUACAUACAUUUGAUUGUUUUUCACUUUGGAUUAA